AUGAAAGCGAAGGGUCUUCAGAAGCUGCGGUGGUACUGCCAGAUGUGUCAGAAGCAAUGUCGCGAUGAAAAUGGAUUUAAGUGUCACCGCAUGUCUGAUGGGCACCAACGUCAAAUGCAGCUUUUUGUCCAGGAUCCGAACCGAUUCAUGGACGAAUUCUCGCAGGAGUUUGAAAGAGGCUUCAUGCAAUUGAUGAGCCAUAGUUACAGAUCUCAGAGAGUGCUUGCCAACACAGUCUACUGCGAUUUCAUUUCCAAUCGCCAUCACACGCACAUGAACUCAACCAUCUGGGUCACCCUCAGCAACUUUGUCCAAUACCUCGGUAGAACGAACCAGUGCACCAUCGACAAAACUCCCAAAGGCUGGUACCUUCAGUUCGUGGACAACUCGCCUGAAGCUCGAUUGAGAGCUGCAGCUGCAAAGGCGAAAGAGGAAGGUGAGGUUUCGGCAGAGCAAAGACACGAUAUCGCGCUGAAGAAGGCCAUCGCAGAAUGUAAGAAGGAUGGAGGCUUCGCGGAGUCCGAAUUUACAGAGCUCCAGCGCAAGGAAGGCGAUGCUCCGAUAUCCUUCAACAUGGCGUCGGCCAGCUCGGCUUCAUCGAGUGUCGUGAAAACAUCCGAGGUCAAGGCCAAGGUGCCGGAGACUGCUGGCAAGAAGAACGCCCUCGCACAAGCUUUUGAGGACAACGAGACGGUGAAAGAGGACACGAAGAAACAUAAGCUCAGCGCAGUUGAACGCAUCCGAUUGGAACAUGAAGCAGGCAAAAGGCAGAAGCUGGAGCCUGCGCCGAAGUCUCCUUCUGAAAGUUCUUCUUCAGGAUCAGAGCCCUGGCUAGCAGAAGGCAUCAUAGUGAAGGUGAUGCAUCAAGACCUGGCUGGUGGCAAGUAUUAUCGCAAGAAGGGCAAGGUGGAGAAGGUCCGGAAGCAGUUUACGGCUGACAUCCGGAUGGUGGAGAGUAGGGAUCUUAUCCGCUUGGACCAAGAAAUGCUGGAGACUGUCAUCCCCAACCUUGGCAAGCCGGUCAUGGUAGUGAAGGGCCAGUACAAGGGAAAGAAGGGCCAUAUGAGGACCGUGGACUUGGAGGGCUUUUGCGUUGCGGUGGAGCUUGAGGAUGGUCGAGAUGUGGAGGGGCUUCGAUACGACGAGGCCAUGCACUGGAUGCCUGAGAUUAGAGUUUUGCGAAGUUCUUCUGCGCUUGCCGCAUCCUUUUCACCAGGUCUGCAAGAUCGAGGAAAGUUGAUGCUGGUUUUUGCGGGUGGAUUUGCACUGAUGUGCAAUCGCGUAUGUGUUUCACCAUGGACGUGGGCAGUGUCCAUUUAG